AUGGGUUUAGUAUUCUUCUUGUACGUCUAUCUAUUCGGUGGAGUCACAUUCAUACCCUUGGUGAUCAUUCUGUUCAUAUAUCUUCACCCAAAAGUUCAAGACGAUGAUCUAGACGAAGAUCUGGAUCAUGUCGUACAAGACAAAACCACUCCUUAUAAUGUAUUAAAGGCUACAGAAAUUGAUGAAUUGCUGAAGUCAGGACAAGGUGCUUAUAUGUCAGGCUGGGUCACCGUCACCCAAGAAUAUAUCGAAUCCAUGUCUGAGAUAUCAUCGUCAACCCAAUCCAUAAGCGAGACUCAUGAAAGUAAAUCUGCAUACCUGUCAUUAUAUAAAUUAGUAAAAAAUUCCGAAAAUGGCCAGGGAAACGGAAACUCCACGGUGCCUACAGUAAGUUCAAAUGAUACUACCUUCGAUAAUAUGGAACCAGCAUCGUCGACUAAUGCCUCGUUGACUGACGAGAAAAAGGUUAAGACAUCACAGAAGAAGCAUCGGUUUUUUGCAGUCCUUAGGCAUGGGAACCUUUUCCUCUACAAGAAUGAAAAGAAAAGUGAUGUUAAGCAUGUAAUUGUGCUACUGGGUCAUGUAGUAGCUAUAUGGCCGAGAGGUUUGCCAGAGGGUCAACUAUUUACUAAGCGGACUUGCUUGUGUAUUUUAAAGAAGGAUUACUCUAGACCAAGAAGAUUAUCAGAAGGUAAACAUAGUAACGAUAACGAAUCAAUAACAACUUUGGAUAUCCUCAAUAGCAAGGAGGAUGAUUUGCAUAGAUUGGACCCUCCGAGGGGGUCCUUUUUCCUUUAUUGUAACACUAAUAUCGACAAGGAAGAUUGGUAUUUUGCAUUGUUGAGAGCAACUAAGAAGAUAGGCGACAAAGAAGGUAAUGGCAAUGCAAAUAUAGUUGGUUUGGGAUUAGGUCUGAGCACUGGGAAUGGAGGUGCAUCAGGAACUAGAUCUGGGACCAGAUCUCCCUUUGACAAGGGACUAGACCCUUCCAUUUAUGCUAAAUCUUUACAUUUCAAGACUGCUGACAUGAUUGAUCUUAUACAAACUUUGUACUCGUCAGAGGGCCAGUUUCAAACUAAGUGGUUAAAUGCGAUAAUUGGUAGGCUCUUUCUUGCAUUGCAAAAGACAGAGACGUUAAAAAGCUAUCUCCAAAUGAAAAUCGAGAAGAAAAUUGCAAAGAUAAACAAGCCAGGUUUUCUUGAUGAAUUUCAAAUCAAAAAGUUAGAUGUUGGUAAUUCGGCUCCAUAUUUCACUUAUCCAUCGUUGAAAGAAAUUUCUCCUGACGGAACUUUAGUCUUGUCGACAAAUGUUCAUUACCAUGGUGCCCUCUCCAUUCAAAUUGCCACCAAGUUAUUCGUUCAUUUAGGAGCAAGAUUCAAACCUAGAGAUGUUGAUGUUUUACUACUGGUAACCUUGAUGAAGUUGGAAGGUAGGCUUUUAAUAAAGAUUAAACCGGCACCCUCCGAAAGAAUUUGGUAUACAUUUGAAUCGGAUCCAUUAGUCGACCUCAAGAUAGAACCAAUUGUCAGCUCAAGGCAAUUGACUUAUAAUAUUAUUACUAGUACUAUCGAGAAGAAAUUCAAAGAAGCAAUUAAGGAAUCUCUUGUGUUCCCACAUUGGGAUGAUUUUGUAUUUUAUGAUACUGAAGAUGAAGUGUACAGGGGAGGUAUUUGGGACAAACUGGCCAGACCGAAGCCGGUUUCCGGAACAGGAGAGGACCUAAGCAGUGUCUUGGAAGAAGCCACAAAGAGAUUGUCUUCGAAGAAUGGAAAGCCAGACCCUGAUGAUGCAUCUGCCCAAACAUCGGAUAGUAUUGAAUCUGACAUCGAGCUAACGACCUCCAGAAGCAAUGGAAGCGGUAGCGGCCAUAGUAGAAGUAUAACUACUAGUAGCACUUCCAGUGCAAAGUUGAAAUUAUCAUCCACUUUGACUGAAAUUUCGAAGAAAAUCAAGAAAUCGAAAAGCUCCACCACGAUGAGUGUCAACGAAGAAAAUUGUCUUGCAGAUGGAUCCAUGAUUCUGCCACCACCUCGUAGUAAUACCAUUGCGGAGGGCGGAGAGUAUGACUUAGAUAGUCCAAAGAAAAUAGGAAUCAAUACAUUAAGAAAGAUUGGAAAGUGGUACUUUAAGGAUGGAAACCAGGAUGAAAUAGCUGAGAAUUUAUCACAUGAACAAAAGGAUACAUAUAAACCACCGGAAAUGAUCCUGAGUAGAAGACAACCAAGAAAGUCAGUGACCACUGGUGAUAUGCCAGAGACUCCUACUAUUUCGGUUGCAAACGAUUCCAUCUUUAGUCCUCCAAUUAUGCCUAGCUCGAACGUAUCGAGGAAACCUUCUUACGAAAUGUUCAGUAAAUUUCCAACGGCAGAUAUCAGUAUGCAGCUGCCAAAUCUGUUAAAUACAGGCUCAUUUGAUCCUAUUGACUUGCCACCUCCACAGCCGUUUGCAAAUAUUCAUCAUAGGAGACCUUCGGGGACAAGCCUAAGGAGCCAUGAAUCGAAAGAGGAGAAUAGGCCGAUGGAUUUUAAGUUCGAAUCAGAUAUGAAAGAAGUAGCAGAUCCAGAGGUUCUUUUUGUGGAUAAAAGAGAUACAGGCGAUCUUAGUGGGAAUACCAAUCAGAUUGCUCAAGAGGAAGAACAUGCAGCACCAGUGCAUACCGUUAAAAGGAGACAGCCACCGCAGUCUCUUGGGCCCACGCCAUCACCUACACCCCCAGAUCUUCCACCUAGGGAAAAUACUGCUGGUCAUGUAGUAGAUCCAAAGGAAUAG